AAGACAUGACAACAGUGCUCUUUAAGUUGAAAGCUGUAGUAGCUACGUUAUUCCCCGUUUAGAAAAUAUUUUCUCCGAAGACAGACGGCGUGAGAAUCACAUCAAAGCGAAGACUUGGUGACCCAAGAAUCAUCCCGCCGCAGCUGAAACUAAAGAGUAGACUCCAAGAUUACCAGAUUUUGACAGGGAACAAAAAAGGCUUUUGCUUCCUUGAAAUUUGGUAUUCCUCUCGUUCCUUGAUACGCAAAACUGGAAGCAAUAGCUGCAUCCUAAGAUUUGCCAAGCAAUUUAAAGCCAUAUGACUCAUUGCCACCUUUAUUAGCUUUAGCCACAUGAUAUCUGCUUGCUUGCUUUACCCUUCCUAAUAACCUCCCCAGAGAGACAAAGAACCUUCUUUCAUAAACCUAUGAUGAUGUCUUCCGCUAAUCAUUUGCCUCCAAACCGCAUCCACGAGUCAUGGAAGACUGGAACGCGCUUGCUGCGGAUUGCAUCGUCGUGUCGUGCUGUUGCCAAUGCCUGGUCCUCCAGAUUGCCGUCUUCAUCUUGUUAAAAAUUCCAUGCCGCCUAUUCCAGAAGACAAAGCAAUUCGCCAAGAAAAGGUUUCGGCGUUCCAGGAGAAAAAGGAAAAGCCUCGAAAGGACAAGGCAUUUACAUGAAGGUCGGCUCGUGGAAGGCCCAGGGUGUUCUAUAGGAGCUGGGGAAGAUGGGAUUUUCCUAGACGUGUCGGGGAGAGGCGGGCGGUGCAUGGAGGAGGUUGAGAAGGCAUUGGAAGAGAUGUCUCAGAAGGGUGUGUUUGGAUUUGGGAGCUUUUGGGGCAGGGAAAGUGGAGGGAGCUUCUCAGGAUGUGGACGUGAUCAUCAGGGAUUUGAUUCCAGUGUUGUUCAGUUUCAUCUAGUCGAAAUUGUUGGUUCUUCAGCUACAAAUAUCAGAGGGAGUAAAUCCAUUCUCUAUGCGUGAUUUCCCAAAGAGUCGCGAAUCAACAAAUUGUUUUCGACAUUUUCAACCUUCUUUCAAUCGAGAAGACAUCCAAAGCUUCUGAUGCCUUCUAUUGUGUCGGAGGGCCCAUACUACCUGCUUAACCCUUCGCUCCGAGGGACCGUAGAUCAGAAAGCACCUUCUAAACCCACUCCAUUCAUCCAAAAGAGAAGGGCAUUCACCUUCCUUCCAAGGUGGCACAAUGUGCUAGUCAAGAUGGUGUCUUCCUUUUGCCUUUAGAAUAGAUCAAAGAAAAGCAAAAGGCUAGGACAACCACUUCUAACAAAAAAGCGUUCCUAUCUUACUUUUCUUUGUUUCCUUUUCCGGUCACUUCGUUUUAUUUUUCAAAUUUUCUUCCUUAAGCGCGUCGAGCGAGCUCCAGGAGACUAGAGAAUUCGGUCACGGUUUUAGAUAAAUGAAACAUCGUGAGC